AGAGCAUUCCAGUUUUAACUCUUCGAUAGCGAAACUUGUAUGCAAAUCAACCCCGAAAUUACUCGAGUUAAGAGUGUAAUAAGAUAGGGCUGUAGUAAAUGUACGUGUUACUUACAAACAAAUUCAGUUGUUAAUUCACAUUGGGAAGGUAGGGAGAAUCUUUUGAGAUACGGUUCACAAUUAUAACGUUUUAACAUAUCGGAAUAAUAAUUGAACAAGAUGCUCCGGCACUGGUAUUUAACUUUGUUCCUGGUAUGUUUAGUCGUUCACAGUGAUGUUCGUGCCGCAUGGAAAUAUUCCAAAAAGUCUCGAAAAUCCAACGUCAAAUUCCAAAACGAUGCUGCGAGUUACGGUCCGAACGUAUGUGCAAUCCAAGAGGUAUACAGAACCGGUCAAAAAUUCUACCCUGACUGUGUCAAGAAAAGAUUAAAGAAAGUAUGUGGCAAACCAACCUUUGUACGAUAUGAAUGUUGUUGCGGUUAUGGGGUUGUCGAUGGGGAGGAUGGAUGUCCCGAGUUACAGCCUGUGAAAAAUUUACGUGAAACAAUGAAUGAUCUUGGACUCACACAGUUUCCAAAACUUUUAACAAAUACUGAGUUAGAAUACAGACUAAAAGAAGAAGGCGCAUAUACUGUGUUUGUACCAAUUGACGAGGCCUUUAAUAAACUCACACAUGAUCAGAAACAGCGAGUGUUUCCGUGGACGUAUAACGCACUGUCCCUUCUACAUUAUCACGUUGUACCAGGUUGGCAUCACUCUGACCACAUGAAAAAGUCCGAGUUUUUACCUACAUUAUAUUACGGCUUAAAACCGAUUUGGGCGAAUAGAGUAACAAAAAAGGAUGUACAUACAGUUAAUUGUGCAAGGAUAAUUCGCAGUAACGUAUUAGCGUCGAAUGGAGUAAUCCACCUCAUUGACCAGAUGCUGCAGGUUUACGACAUGUUUGGCAAUAUGACUGAUGUGAUGUUUAGAGACAGUUCCCAAUUCUCACAAUUCAUUCAGGUCCUCUACACUUCAGAGAUAUUCUCCCUUCUCAGGGAAGGUGGCCCCUUUACGCUUUUUGCGCCAAGUAACUACGCUUUUUCGAGAUUGCCUCCUUUACUUUUGGAACGGGUUCUUAGAGAGCAAAUCACUGCCGAAGCAUUGGUUCGACACCAUACUGCUCCUGGUAUAUUUUGUAGCUCAGCUAUUAUAGACAAGGGUAGUGUCCGAAUGCUUGAUGGAUCACGGAUGAAAUUCCAAUGUAAAGAAAGUGGGCAUUAUAUUGACAACUCGAAGAUUGUAAAACCUGAUCUCGUGGCCGGAAAUGGUGUCAUUCAUAUCAUAAAUAAAAUACAACUUCCGUCAGAAAUACAGACCAUGGAAGGAGUUGCACGACAAUUAAGAUUAACAAAGUUUCUACAAUAUUGUUAUGAAUCUGGCCUACUUGAUAAGCUGCAAGGAUCAACUGAAAUGACCAUAUUUGCUCCUUCUGACGAAGCAUUCAGUGAUUUACCCAAAGAGAGAAAACAGGACCUAGCCAGAGAUCCAACGAUAUUCGAGGCAAUUUUUGACUACGCUUCCUCUAUAGGCAAAAUAAAGACGGAUAAUUUUGUUGGUGACCACGGAAUUAUCAUGAAUUCAGGGAACAUUAUGAAAAUAUCAAUACACAGAGAUGGUAUUUUAAUGGACGAUGCUUCAAUUACAUCGCCUAAUCACGAAUGCAGUAAUGGUAUAAUCCACGUUAUAGACAAAGUGCUUAGUCCGCCAGUUAAUAACAUCUUUGAUAUAAUAGAAUAUGCGGAAGAUUUAAGUAUUUUUAAGAAAGGAUUGGAAUAUGGAGAGCUUACAGAAUUACUGAAAAAUAGAGAUGCUAGUUUCACUGUGUUUGCACCAGUAGAUCAAGCGUUCAAUAAGCUACCAGUUUGGCAAUUUGAUGCAAUAUUUGACAAAACACAUACAGUAAAAAUGUUAAUCCAGCAUCAUAUAAUUUCAAGAAUUUUAAUCAACAGAGCAAUAACACCAGAAACGAUUUUGAGAAUUCAAACGUUACAAAAUGAGACAAUUGUAUUCAAACACGGCAAAGAUGACAAAUUCUUCAUAAACACUUAUUCGGAUAUUCUCGGACCGCCUAUAAUAGCAAAUAAUGGUGUUUUGUACAGGAUUGACAGGGUAUUAGAAUGUGAAUGUGACAAGGAUCCUAGAUGAUAAAACUAAUGAGUUUUCAAAUCAGGGAUGGUUUUGUGAAAUUGUCUUUCUCUAAGGAUAAACAGGAAAAAGGUGUUCAAAAAGGAAGGUGGUGUAGGUGGAUAUAUUAAUUUAUCAUGUUAAAGAUGAGAUUGAAUUUGUUUGGUUAUUAUUUCUCAGGGACGGUGUUCUUCUUCACAUAUACAUAAACAAUACAAUAAUGUAAGACAUAUUUUAAUCAUUCAAAAUAAAAAGAAAACGUUAAAUCAAACACUUGAUUUCAAUGUAUUCCGGCAUAUUGUCGAUAUGUCAAUUUUAAUUCCCAUAGAAGUAGAUACAAUGCUGAGAGCUUACUAUAAUAUCCAGGGUAUAAGAUAAAACAAAUAAAACAUUGAAGAAAAAAACUCGUUUUAACUAUUACCGGUUUACAAAAAAAUUAUCGCAUUUUCCAAUUUGAAAUAACAAAACUGAUGUUUGUAUAUAUUUAACUUUUUCUAUAGAUAGGACAUACAUUGGUGCUCAAUUAGUUUCUAAUAUUCUGAUUACAUGUUUAUGUCUGCUUCGUUUAGUAAAAGUAGCAUGUUGAUAUUUAUUUAUGCAUCAUCAAAAAUGCUCAAACUUCGUCUUGCCUAUUGUAUAUAAAAGCUAAAAUUGUAAUUGUUUUGUCCUCUUUUUACAAAGUUACAUAGCAUAUUUGUUGUAAGCUGUUGUCAAGAAUUUAUUUUGCAAGACAUGUUGCCAAAGUUCUAUACUACAAUGAUUCUGCAUUGUUUAUAUCAAUGAUGAAUGUAAUGAAAAUACAUAAAUGUGUAACUCAUUUAGUUUAAUGAUUGGGGAAUAUUUAAUCCUUCACAAGUCGAUGGCAAGAAAGAUGUGAUGAAAACAUAACUAGGUGAGUUAAUCAUAAACUAUGACACAUGACAGUGUAUCUUUUAAAUCGUUUAUUAUACAAUAUCUAUGAAAUAUUUUGCCCAAAGAUACAAAAUAAAGCAAUUUUAAAUUUGAAUUGAAUGUCAUUAUGAAAUGGUUAACUUCAUUUCUUUCAGGUCAUUAAAUCUUACCAUUUUAUUCGCUUUUACAAACCAUGUUCUAUAAAAUCGUUUAUGACUGCAUAAAAUUAUUCAGUUGAUAUAUUUAAUGCCUGGUUUUGUUAAUAUGUCAUCUAUCAAUUAUUUUUUGCAAUAAUCUAUUGGUGUUUUUGUUUUAAUGUUAAAUAAACACUUUUGUAUAAAACUUAGUACUUUUUUCUUUUAUAUU